AUGGGCAACAUCUUCGCCCCGGCCACUCCAGAUCCUCCUCCGCCCCAACGGCCAGUCGAGUAUCGCAUCCCAGAAUGGCAUCCACCACCAGUUCGUCGACCGCCAGUAAAUCGGCCACCAGUACGUCGGCCACCGGUGAAUCGGCCACCGGCGAACCGACAGCCAGAUUGGAAUCAGUUCCUGGAUCAAAUGGAGCUGCAGCAAGAAGCGCUGGAACAAAGAGAGCGAGAAAGGGCGCUCGAAGAAAUUAGAAUGAUGGAGCUGGCCGAGGAGGCCCUCAUGCUACGACUAGCUGCGACACAACGACAACGACAACCACAGCCACAACCACAACCACAAUUGCAACUACGCCCUAACCCGCAGCCUCGAGGCCAAUGUCGAUUCUUCGCAUCAGGCCACUGCAAAAAGGGAGCUAGCUGUCGAUUUUCUCAUGACAGGAAUACUACUCCCAUCGCAGGGAAUACUGCGAAUUCCUCCAACGACGACAACACAUAUGAGCUCGGGGGUGCGUGGGUAAAGUUCAACAAUGGCGGCACAGUUUCCAAAGUUGUGUUUGCUUCAGACUACUCUGCCAUCAAUAUUCGAAAUCUUCCACACACCAGUUCCACCGCCUCUGUCAGGAUAAUGCUGGAGAAUGUUGGCAUACCAAGCUUGGGAGUUGACAUACGUCUGGUAGCAGCACAGACUGGACAAGACCAAUGCAAUGCGGUUCUAAAAGCCGAAGAUCCUUCCUUUGCUAGGACAGCCUGCGCCAAGCUGGCCACCUAUACAACUCUCCCAAACAUGAAGGUGGUUGCCGUGCCUCCAGUCAUGCCGCACAGCCAGAGCCCUUACCAAAUUGAUUGUCGCAAAGUCCAUUGUGCCUGGAGCCGGCCAACGCGUGAAGCUGGGCUGAUCUUUGUGACCAAGGGUCCUGCGUUCAAAUUGCAAAGAGAAUCCAGGGUGGGCAGCUACAAGGUGCUUGGAUCAAGAGUAACCGCGCACGUCCAACAGAGCCCGGAUGGAUGGAUGGUGAAACUCACUGGAUUGAGUGGCACGGUAUCAGAGCAAGACAUUAUCAAGACAAUCCCGGCGUCUGAACGGCCCCAAAAGGUUGAGCUUGGAGAGCUUGACUAUGUUGCUGACCCGGAAUUCGACACGACCAUUAUCAAGUCGAUGCUGUUGGAAUCUGGCCCUUUGGAGCGGUGGGAAGUGCCUACGAACUCAAAAGCCAAGCGCUUCAAUGCGUAUGGUGUUUUCUACGACGAAUCAUCUGCGAGAAACGCUGCGUCGUCGUUGAAUAAGAAGCCCCUUUCAUUCAGCAGGACGACGCAGCUUUCGGUGUCGGUGGUGGCAUCAGCCAAGUUCAAAAUUUUGGCCAAAAUCUACGACAUGGUGCGCCCACGAAUUAACGCGCAGAAGCCAGCUUGGGAUCGGCAGUACAUUCGUUUUUCUGAAUUCUCUUGCAAAGGACAAUAUCAUCUCUUGAGGCUUGAGGGAGACAAUCACCCAGGAGUGGUCAAAGCUAAAGAAUGCAUCGAGACGAUUGUCAAGGGAGAAGUCGUUCGGAUGGAGGGGAAAGAUCUUCGAUGUGGAAAUUUCAGAAAAGACGGAACCGAAUUUAAAAAGGUGCAGACGAUAGAAAACACCUUCAAGGUGCUUAUUAUUCCCGACAUACGCAGGUCACAAUUCCGCGUCUUUGGCCGUGAAGCAGUACCGAAGGAGACUCUGGAGAGGAUCACGAAAUUGCUUCAAGAUUGUGUAUCCGAAAGCCAUGUUAUCGAGCUCAACGAUGUUGAUUUCAGGUGGGCGUCAAACGGAGGCUUUAGGUUUCUCAAAUCUCAGCUUGGCGACGGAAUCGCAUUCUUCGACACCACGUCAAGGUUCAAACGAAUCUUGAUAAGGGGAUCCAAAGCGGAUUACAACAAUGCCAUGGCCAUUGUCGCCACCAAAAAGAUUAUGCCGCGCGAUGCAGACUCUGUCUCUGGGAUGGAGUGUCCGACCUGUUUCUGCGAGCCCGACGAGCCGAUCCGAAUGUCUUGCGACCACGUCUAUUGCAGCGACUGUUUUGUUCAGAUGUGUGUCGCCGAGAUGACGGCGGAUAGGGAAUUUCAGAUUUGCUGCCCAAAGGCCGAUGCCGCCGGGAAGAUCUGUAAAAAGGUCUUCUCUCUCUCAGAGAUUCAGGAGCAUCUUCCUUCCGAAACCUUUGAGGAUAUACUCGCAAAGUCUUUUGAAUCCUACAUUACUCGCCAUCCAGCCGACUUUAAAUACUGCGAAACGCCCGACUGCGGCCAGGUAUACCGGGUCACUUCUCAUGGCUCCGAGCACCCCAAUAUUUUUACGUCCGUGCUCUAA